UAGUUCCUCUUUUGCCUCGCAUCAGCAGCGGCGGAAACACACGCACCCGGAAGUCGCCCUGAUUCCGCGGGUCUUUUAGGACGACACGGCUCCACACAGCACUGAAUACACAACAGUGCGCAGAAAUGGCGGGAAUGAAUACGAUGGAGAAGAAACUUGCUGAAUACAAGUGUGACACCAACGAAGCGAUAUGUUUAAAGCUAGUUCGCUUUCCAGAGGAUGUGGAUGAUGACAGCACUACAUUUCACCCUGAGUACAGCCACCAGCUUUAUGGAGAUGAUGAGGUGGCAUUUGGAUACAAAGGUCUGCAGAUACAGCUUUACUACAGCGCUGGAAACCUCAGCACCCUCUUCAAAGUGAAAUACUCCUCAAAAGUCACUGAGACAUUUGACUGUGUGGAGCCUGAUGAUGUUGAAGGGAAGAUCAGGGAAAUCAUCCCUGCUGGGUUCAGCUGCAACACUGACGACUUCAUCUCACUGUUGGAGAAGGAGGCCAAUUUCAAGCCUUUUGGCACCCUGCUUCACACUUACAAAGUCCACAAUGAGGAAGCAGGAGAACUCACAUACCAGAUUCACAAGGUUGACAUGACCUGCCCGGGAUUCCGAGAGUACCACGAGCGCCUGCAGACCUUCCUCAUGUGGUUCAUAGAGACGGCCAGCUUCAUCGACGCAGACGACGAUCGUUGGGACUUCUUUCUCGUAUUUGAAAAGUACAAUAAAGAUGGGGAGACUCUCUACGCAACUGUUGGCUACAUGACAGUUUAUAAUUACUACGUGUACCCAGACAAAACCCGACCACGUGUAAGCCAAAUGCUGAUUCUGCCACCAUUCCAAGGAGAGGGGCAUGGGGCUCAGCUUCUGGAGGCGGUGCACAGAUUCUACUGCACUCUGCCCAAAGUACAAGACAUAACAGCUGAAGACCCCUCUGAGAACUACGUGAAGCUGAGAGACUACGUCCUGGUCAAGCUCUGUCAAGGCCUGCCGUCCUUCAAGCCUGACAAGCUGCACCUUGGUUUCUCUGACGACAUGGUCAAAGAGGCUCAAGACAAGUUGAAAAUCAAUAAGAAACAUGCACGGCGAGUGUAUGAAAUUCUGCGUCUGAGAGCAACAGAUAUGAGCGAUGAAGCAAAAGCAAGAGAAUACCGUUUGGAGGUCAAGAAGAGGCUAUUUGGACCAUACAAGAAGAAUCAGAGGGAGCUGACAAAGAUGAUGAAGUGCUUGCGGCCGGAGGAGCUGGUGUCCCACAUCCGUCAAAUGGACACUCAGAUGCAGCACGAGGAGCUGGAGAAGAGCUAUCAGGACGUCGUGGGAGAGUACAGGAGAAUCAUAGAGAGGCUUGCAGCGCAGGCCUGAUCAAACUUUGACACGCCGCCUGCCUGCUGGCCCGGAGCCCGCCACCCUCCACAGCCAUACGGGUGGUCUGCUCCGUCUGUACAAAAUCCACAUAGCCACAGACUUUGGUUCCAACUGAAAAGAAACUCCUCUGAUGUGACUAAUCACAGUUUUAAUUGAGGAGUAUCACGGAUUUAUGUUAGUGAGUCAGGUGUACCAACUCUAGGUUGUAGUGGAAAAGGCCGAUGUCUCCCAGCUGACACUGAUGCAGUUCAAGGAUGAGCAUGGUGCAGCUGGUGGGGAAGACUUGCUCUUUGUCCCAUGUGUUUAAUCACACUUUCUGAGAUUCAGUGAUUUAUAAUCAUUCACAGGUGAUAUGAGUUCCACCACCUUGCAAAGAAAUGUUUCCUCUUCAUAAUUGACAGGUUUUUUUUCUUAAAGAUCUUUUGUCAAAAAAAAAAUCUCGAAUGUCUGUUUUGAAGCACUUCAUACUGAAAAUAAAAAUGGUUUUGUAUAUUGCUCAAA